AGUUUCCGGUCCGGCAGUAUCCGACGGUCCGGGCGAGGACGAUUUAGCUUCCGUCACGCCGUCAGUGGGACGGAAAUGGACGAUGGUUGUAUCAGUACUCCAAGACCGGUAGACCCUGCACUCUCACAAUGGCUCAGACAGUCCUUCUCAUUCACCCCAAAAACACCGCUCAGCACCUCUACCAGUGCCAUCCCACGCACACCUCUUCGAUCCGCUGGUACUGGCACUAGAGAGUCUAGGAACCCGUCACUCCGACCGGCGAGCACCAGGCGGAAGAGGACAGAACAUAAUGCAUCAGUCGAGGAGGAGACACUUCCGGCGAUCAAGAAACGACGAACUUCUCGUCGAAACAAGGCGGAUUUCGACAACAAAGCCUUGUCACAGUCGGACAGUCGAGUCGGUCGGUCCGGUCCUGCAUCAUCGGUCGCGUGCACUACGACCAUGACUCGAGGACAGGGUCGUCGGAUGAUAUUGGAAGCUGUGGAAAUUACGAAGCCGGAACGUCCUUCGCGCAGCACACAUGUACUGGAUGAUUGGACACAGAUGCAGGACUACGCUCCUGGGUCUAGUGCACCGUCUGCGUUACCUGUUGGAGAAUCAGUUUCUGUUGUCCCUCAGAAGCCCAAGACGCGGAGCUCCACGCGCCGUACGAAGACACCCAACACCUACCGUAGGGACGGCGCUGAUCGAACGCUUGGAAAGCGGACGACAUGCGAUAAAACGCAGGGAGAUGUGGUCAACAGCCAUUUGAGCGAACACCGGCGGUCAUCUGUGUCGCGCUCUCGUUUUAAACGGGACGAUACGCUGUCGGUUUCGACAUUUGUUACAUCAGAGGCCCCACCAAAGACGUCCAAGUACUUCACGGUACCAUAUCAACCCGCGGCCUCAUUCCCUACCCCCAAAUCCACCAUCAUCGCGGAUACUAAUACUAAACUGACUGAGUUACCGAUAUUAACCCCAACAUCUGCUGAAAUCCCGGCAUGCCGCACGCCAGAUCCCACAAAGCGUUCUAUAUCUGUCUUCCACAUUUCUUCGCAAGAAAAACAUGAUGAUUUGGUAAAAGACUUCAUGGUCAUGCUCCAGAUCCUUAAACCGAAGUUAAUUCAAGAAGCCGUAUGCCAUGAUCCUUGGAAAGUCUUACUUGCUGUCAGGUUGCUCAAUGUUACGACGGGUCGCAUGGCUAUACCAGUUUUCUGGAAGAUUAUGCACCGGUGGCCCACACCUCAGCGUCUCGUAGAUGCGCCCCUGGAUGAGCUAAUCGAGUUCAUUCGUCCUCUAGGGCUCUACAACAAACGAGCCAAGUGGUUUAAAGACAUCUCACGAUGUUACAUCGAGGACCCGCCACGGUACUUCAUAAAUUCCUCGUAUCCUUCCCCUGAUACGUGCGCGGCGACUUCAAUCAAGCCCGCAUGCAAGCGGAAGACAAGGUCCUCUUACCCUGAUACCCCAAUCUCCCAUUUCCCUGGUGUAGGCCCGUAUGCUUUUGAUUCUUUCCGGAUCUUUUGUACCAGUUCAUACGGGCCCGGGGUUGAAGCCAGAGCAGAAGAGGAGUGGAAGCACGUCAUGCCAAGCGAUAAAGAACUCAUCCGGUAUUUGCGGUGGAAAUGGGCAUAUGAAGAGCAGAAAAUAUGGUAUCCGAUCAAGGGUGUCAUCGGAGAUGUGAAUCUUCCGUAUCUGAUCAGCCUAGUUGAUGAAUUGGCAGAACAUUACGAUACCACGGUUGGAGGGGAAGGAUAUAUUGAUACAUUCAUUGGGCGCAUUUCGGGUAAUUGCUAGCCAAAUUCAGCUACACAAACUCUGACAAACAUUUAAUACUUUUGAGUUACAAAACAGAUUCUUUGGGAUUUGA